GAACUGUCAAACCCGGAGCGCGUGCUGAGAGACAGCGCGAGCCUUUAUCCCAAUGCAUCUCUCUCAGAGCUGAGUGAACGUACAGUAAAAAGGAGAAGGAAAAAAAAAAACAAACAAAUCCUUUUACCUGGACGAUUUGACACCACUGCAGCUCCAUCUAUCCAGCUGAUGGGCUGAUACAGCAUCCAGAUGCAGCCAGAUAUGGAUUAAAAAUCCUCUGCAAUGUCUUCUCUAAAACGUCCUUGUUUCCAAACACACACCAUAUGACCAUGUGGAUCUUUGUCAGAAAACUGGUUGUUGUUUUUCUGCACUCUUGAUACUGGGUUUGUAUAGAAGCUUCAGCAGCUGAAACAUAUGAUGGAGACGUUCUCAAGAGCAGAGUGUCAGAUCUGCUUUAACCCGUUCAGCCCUGGACGGCGGCCCAAACUUCUCGAGUGCAGGCACACUUGCUGCUCGGCGUGUUUACAUCAGAUGGUGUUGAAUCACAGGGAAGUCCGCUGCCCCUGGUGCCGCCAUGUCACACAUCUCAGCGGUCUCUCCGUGUUCCAGCUCCCAGAUGAUCCGGAAGCACUCUCAGCCAUUACCUUGGCGCACGCACCUGUUUUUAUCCGACUACCCAAUAGCAGAUGCUACCUGCUGCCUCUGUCAGCGGACGAACAGGCCUACCGAUACAGCUACAAAAACCCAGACAGGACAACUCAACCUGAACACCUUACAACCGGAGAAGAAGAGGAGGUUGAAGUGAGUGAUGUGACAAUGAAAAGUUCAGCCUGGUCAAGGUUCUGCACCGUCCUCCUGGUAGCCAUCAUCCUCAUCUUCCUCCUGGCUAUUGUCCUGCACAACAUGUCUUGUGUGUCCAAACGCUUCAGCAUCAUCUCCUGUGGAUGACAGAUAAGACUGGGGCUCGACUGUCAAAUGCUUGUCAAAUUUCCUACAAAGAAGGAAGGCGAAGGAUUUCAGACACCACUUUGUUCUGUUAUAUAAACAACAUGACAAAUUGCUGUGGCUGUGUCCCAGUUCCAAACCACACUCCUUGGGUGUAUCUACUAUAGGGGGUGUAUAAAUUCCAUUUCAAAAAGCCUCACUCAUUAUCUGUCCCAAAUCACACCUUAUUGACUACACAGGGAACAAAAAUUAAUGUUUACUAUACAGACUACAUAAUUUAUGGGUGGUAACUGUGUUCUGUCAUGAGUGCUCUGGAUAAAUGAGUGCUCUAGACAAAUGAAUGCCCUGGACAAAUGAGUGCUCUGGAAAAAUAAAUGCUCUGGAUAAAUGAGUGCUCUGGAUAAAUGAGUGCUCUGGAAAAAUGACUGCUCUGGAUAAAUGACUGCUAUGGAUAAAUGAGUGCUCUGGAAAAAUGACUGCUCUGGAUAAAUGAGUGCUCUGGACAAAUCAGUGCUCUGGAAAAAUGAGUGCUCUGGACAAAUAAGUGCUCUGGACAAAUAAGUGCUCUGAACAAAUGAGUGCUCUGGAAAAAUGAGUGCUCUGGAUAAAUGAGUGCUCUGGACAAAUGAGUGCAUUUGUAUCUGGAGGAGGAGAGUGUGAAUGAAGAUACUCUGGCUAGUAUAAGAGCCAGUAAGAGACUUACUGUUUUCUGCUAAGUGGCAGGAUUGUGAAGUAACACUAGUAAAUUAUUGUUCUUUUUUUGUGAUGGGAGGUUGGGAGGUGUUCUGAUAAAUGUUCUGAUAAAUGUUGUCUCCAUCUCAACACAAAGCCGGAUGGACGUUAAUUUUGUGCUUUUUUUUCUUCUUUGGCCAGUGUACAGAUAAAGGCCAAGCUUGUUGCAGUGUUCAGCUGUUUCACACUGUAAUGUGGUAGCAGUGUAACUGUGAUGAAUUUUAAAAUGUAGCAUGAGUUUAAGAAGGUUUACACGUAUGUAGUGUUGGAAUCCAGACAAAAGAACAAACAAACCAGAGAUCGCACCAUGGUUCUGGGACUUUCUUAAAUAUUAGAACCAUUUGGUUUUUCUUUGGUGUUUCUUUUUCUUUUCCUUACAGUUUUGCAUAUUGUGAAAUACAAUGGGGUCAAAUGAAAGUUAGAAAACAAACCCCAGCUAACAACUACACUGUUUAAAAUGAGUUCAUGAGUUUUAAAGAAAUAUUUUAUAUACUGAUUCAAUACAAAUCCUAUUUGCUGGAUUUCCUUCUUCAGCCCUGCUCCAUUUUUAACUUACAACAAUCUUCUAGGUGUAAAAUGUUGCUUUGAAAUGUAUAAUAAAUGACCUGGGUGUUUAGAGUCAUUCCUCUGGAUGUUAUUAGAACUGAAUGUCUAAUGCUGAUAUCUGAUUGAUCAGAUAGUGCAGGAGUCUUACAUUAAACUUCAGGACUUAUCUUUGUGACUUUAAUGAAAAGGGUUUGGGAUCUAACAAUAAAAUAAAAAAUAUAAUAGACCUA